AUUGUGCUCCGUGAGUGUAUCUCCAUCCAUGUAGGACAGGCUGGUGUCCAGAUUGGCAAUGCCUGCUGGGAGCUUUAUUGCUUGGAACAUGGGAUCCAGCCGGAUGGCCAGAUGCCAAGUGACAAGACCAUUGGAGGGGGAGAUGACUCUUUCAACACCUUUUUCAGUGAGACUGGUGCUGGAAAACAUGUCCCCAGAGCUGUUUUUGUGGAUUUAGAACCCACUGUCAUAGAUGAGGUGCGUAAUGGUACCUAUCGCCAGCUUUUCCACCCUGAGCAGCUGAUCACUGGCAAGGAGGAUGCUGCUAAUAACUAUGCCCGUGGGCACUACACUAUUGGAAAAGAGAUCAUUGACCUGGUUCUCGACCGGAUCCGCAAACUUUCUGACCAGUGCACAGGUCUUCAGGGAUUCCUGGUUUUCCACAGCUUUGGUGGUGGCACUGGCUCGGGUUUCACCUCCUUGUUGAUGGAACGUUUGUCUGUUGACUAUGGCAAGAAAUCCAAGCUAGAGUUCUCAAUCUACCCAGCUCCGCAGGUUUCCACUGCAGUGGUGGAGCCCUACAAUGCCAUCCUGACCACCCACACCACCCUGGAGCACUCAGACUGUGCUUUCAUGGUGGAUAACGAGGCCAUCUAUGACAUCUGCCGCAGGAACCUUGAUAUCGAGCGCCCCACCUACACCAACCUGAACAGGCUGAUCAGCCAGAUUGUGUCCUCCAUCACUGCUUCUCUUCGUUUCGAUGGUGCCCUCAAUGUUGAUCUGACAGAGUUUCAGACCAACUUGGUGCCUUAUCCUCGUAUCCACUUCCCUCUGGCCACUUAUGCCCCUGUCAUUUCUGCUGAAAAAGCUUACCACGAGCAGCUCACUGUUUCAGAAAUCACAAACGCCUGCUUCGAGCCGGCUAAUCAGAUGGUGAAGUGUGACCCUCGUCACGGUAAAUACAUGGCCUGCUGCCUCCUGUACCGUGGUGACGUGGUUCCCAAAGAUGUUAAUGCUGCCAUCGCUACAAUAAAAACCAAGCGCACCAUCCAGUUUGUGGACUGGUGCCCCACCGGCUUCAAGGUUGGCAUCAACUACCAGCCACCCACGGUGGUUCCUGGGGGCGACCUGGCCAAGGUCCAGAGAGCCGUGUGUAUGCUGAGCAACACUACAGCUAUUGCCGAGGCCUGGGCCCGGCUCGACCACAAGUUUGAUCUGAUGUACGCAAAGCGUGCCUUUGUUCACUGGUAUGUGGGUGAGGGCAUGGAGGAGGGGGAGUUCUCUGAGGCCAGGGAGGAUAUGGCAGCUCUAGAGAAGGAUUACGAAGAGGUUGGACUAGAUUCAGUUGAGGGAGAAGGGGAGGAGGAAGGAGAAGAGUACUAGUAUGUUCAUAUGAACACUUAAUAGUAAAAGUAUCCAGAUGUUCUUAAAUACAUUUCCAGCAGAUGUCAAUGCUGUAAGGGUCCAAAAAGUUCGGUUAUCCAGUCCAAAUGGUAUGUAAAAUGGCAUACAAUUCUGUAUGAAUAAAGGGAAAUAUCAGCAUGUUCAUGUUUGCUUUAUUUUAUUUCUUAAAACCAGACUUAAAUGCUCAUCUCACAUUCACUGUUUACAACACUGCAAUAAAGCACCUGCUUAUCCUAGUCUGAAUAGUCUUUCAGAUCUGUUUAAAAUAGAACAAUAAAUGCCAGAACUGACUGACACCUAACCUGCAUUUAUCUUAACUUUAGGGUACUAACAUGAACAUUGUCAAUGCAACUGAUUAAAAGUUUAUAACUGAACCAGAAUCAGAAAUACUUUAAUAAUCCCAGAGGUAAAUUAUUUAAACAAAGCCAGUCUCACAUUGGCUGUAACAUGAAACGCACUGAUCAAAUGUGCCCUUCGUGACAGGUUAGAGGAAAUGGCUUUGGAGUUGGAUGAAUACCUUUGAAUAAAACCACGGGAUUCAUAUGACUCACUGAGCCCGUCG